CAAGCAAAAAGGUGAAACGACGGAUCGAUAACCUUGGAUUUGUCGCAGAUUAUAGCGGACUUGGACAGCUCGACAGUUUGGUAUACCGGACACAGGUGCUGGUAUUCAAGAGAAUCCGUUUGUCCGGACCUUGAAUAACUACUUUUGCAAGAGGAGAUAUUAGUUGUGUGCUGCUGCUGUGAGAAGAUGGCAUUCUCGAGCAGAAAGAAGCUGCGGCGCAACAUGAGUGUCACGAGCAGCGAGUUUGAGUUCAUGCAUCGGACGUCGCCCGACUCUAGUGGGGUGUGCGGUGAGGUGGGGAGGGAGGACAGUGUGGGGGGAGAGGUGGAGAGGAGCUGCGAGUUUGAGGUCCUCCACGAAGGCUACCUGAACAUGAGCGUCCGUGUGGAAGAAGAGGAGGAAGACGGAAGUGGUACGAUGGCGCGGACUCUGCGCAGUCUCAGAAGCAACGGCUCAUUCAGCCGCAGCUGGAAAAAGCGGUGGUGUGUCCUCUGUCGCACGGAAGACGGUGUCAGCAUCUUCUACUACAACAAGAAGUCCAGCUACACUAACCUGGAUGUGCCUGUUGGGAUAUUCUUCAUGGAAGAGUGUCGCAAGAUUUUCACCGUUCCAAGCCAUCCCAAGUCCCGCUGUGUGUUUGCCAUGGACUUCCCCUACAGAACGGUCAACUUAUACCCCGAAAAAGAACACCAGUUGUCUGACUGGCUAGACAUAUUCAAGACAAGUCUGCGGCUCACGGAGCACUCUGCCCCUCCUCCCCCUCCUCCCCCGGCUCCCCCCAGCUCCCGAUCCUCACCCCCUCUCCUCUCCUCCCGCUCCUCCUCCUCCCUCCCUCUCUGCCUCUCUCUCAGAGCACCCAAACCAAAGGCCCUCAAGAGAGACUUCAAAAAUUGCAGAAUUGAGGAGGAAGAGCCCGGAGUUAUUCUUGCUAGGGCGGUCGUAAGGAGUGCAGAUUGCGCAACAGACAGAGACAACAAAUUACCGAUUACUGGGUCAGCCCCUGGUGGUGGAGUCAAUUACCUCACUCUAGCAUCAUAAGAUCAUAAAUCAAAUGCAGAAAAUCAAUUUCAUCUCUUGUAUUAUUAUCAUGUUUUCAGACUUCGGUUUUACGCAUGCGCAGUUGCAGUAUCUAUGGCAACCAAUAAAUAGUCGUGUGUGCACAUGGCGCGAAUCUAUCCUCAAGAGCGCCUCGAUACUCUGUCAUAGCGGCUCUAUAACCGUUGAGUGGUACAAGACAGGGGACGGUAUGCCGAUCAAGUUCAGCGUGAGGAAGAAGAAGAAGGGUAGCGGGCCGGCCGACGUAUCGGGAGAGGGGGGGUGGGACACGGCGAGUGUCGCUAGCUCUGCAUCCAGCAUGGUCGGCGGUGUGCAGAGCGUUUACAGCGUGCAGAAGAUCAAGAGCCUUCCGAGGCUGCACCGUGCAGUUGUGAAGGGAAACUUGCCCAAAGCCAAGAAACUAUCACUGCGCAUGAAAACCGGCGAACUCAACGCCACAGACAAGGAAAAGAGGACGGCUCUCCAUUAUGCUUGUGCUGGAGGUCAGGAGGAGACGGUGGGUCACCUCUGCAGUGAGCUCAGAGCUGACCCAAACGUCAGGGACAGCAGUGGCUGCACUCCUCUCCACAGAUGCAUACAGGCUGGCACGUCCACCGUGUGCAUCAGCAAACUAAUCGACGCUGGGGCUAGAGUUAACGAGGCCGACAGACAGGGGCGCACCCCUCUACACGAGGCUGCAGAGAGAGGUCGAAGUGACGUCGUCGCAAUACUGCAGACACACGGAGCCAACGUGGAAGACAUGGAAAUGGCUGGGAAUACAGCUCUCCAUCUGGCAGCCACAGGAGGUCACAGUCAGAUAGUCUCCCAGCUCAUACGAGAUGGAGCCAACGUCAACACCACCAACGGACAGGAGCUGACAGCUCUGAUGCUGGGUGCGAGGGAGGGUCAGGGAGAGGUGGUGAGGACUCUGUGCGAGGCAAAGGCAGACCCAGAGCUCCGUGACCAGAGGGGACUCAGUGCCACUGACCUCGCUCUCAGGAGCAACCACCAGCACUGUGCCCGAGUGGUUCAGGAGCAUCAGAUGAACUGGAGCAGAGAGACGCUGACACACACAGCCUCACACCCUCACCCCUCCCACUCUCCACUCCCCACACCACCCUCACAUCAUCACCACUCACUGCAAGAUUCUUGGAAUUCCGAGAGUGAGGGAGAAGGUGUGGCAGAUGGUCCCCUAGGGAAUUUUCAGACCCCCAGAACUGGGGGGCUGAAUCUUCGAGAGGCCAUGGCUCGCUCAACUACAGUCACGGCUAAUGGAAAAGAUGAUGCGAAGGAGCAAAGAAGCCCACCUCUGGGACCACGGCCACCAGUGGGUGUGACCAACGAGGAGCCACGCCCACCUGUGGGUGUGGUCAAUGUGGAACCACCCCCACCAAUGGGUGUGGUCAGUAAGGAAGUCAGUGAUGAGAGCUACAGUGACUGGGACAAUGAGGAAGUAGACCACGCCCAACAGACUGCAGACUCCGCUCACAUACCAGCUGUGGGCGGAGCUAGCAGAGAGCUGUCUGCAGUGCAGAAUGGGAAGAGGAAGGGAGAGGAGGAAAGGAAGGAGAGGGAGGGAGAAAGAAGAGAUGAUGAAGUUGGAGAUGGAAUGGGAAUGGACCUGGAAGAGGACUCAAAUCUCAGUACGGAAUCGGAGCCUGACCUCCCAAUGUUUGGAGGGUACACCCCCAGCAGUGGUCCCCGCCCCCUACCUCAGGGUGAACUCUCCCCAUCUCGACACCUCAGAACCCCAUCACCCACUCCCACCUCACCAACCAUUGUUACUCCUCUCUCUGCCACUACUGGCGGACUGUCUCCAGUGGAGGGUCACAGAAUGGACCUGUUGCUGAUUGACGAGAGAGACGGUCCUAACGGACAGGGGCUUACCCUUCCAAUGGAACACGAGGAGGUGGGCACCGAGAGAGAGAAGUUGGAGAGGGACAAGGAAGUAAGCAACACUGAGGUGGAGGAGGGUGAGAUUGGAGCUGAAGAGGAGGAAGGAGAGGAAAGCUCAGUGUCAGAAAGAGACGUGGAUGCUGCGGCCGCGAAGAGGAAGUACGAGAGAGAUAACGAGUUUCUGCUCACAUUCCAGGCCAGACAGAGGAGACGGGAAGAAGCUACCCGUCCCGAUUCCAAACCAAAUUCAAUUCCAUUCCCAACCCCCCAGUCCAAUACUCCCAGUCCUGAUGACAGUACUGGCAUCGCAGGUGAUGAUAACACAGGAUAUGGGUCCAGAGUACAACUAAUGAAGGAACAGUGGGAAAAGGGUAUACCCCUGCAAUUACCAGCCUUUAACGGACCUCGAUUGGUUCUAGGAGACAAGAAAGAAGGCGGAGCUUCGGUGAUGGGUGUGGCUAAAGAGACUCCAGUUGGUGAGGGUGGGAAAGAAGGGAAAGAAGGGAGAGGAGGGGGAGGAGGGAGAGAGGGGAAUUUUGAAGAGAAGAGUGGGGGAGGGAGGAAGAGUGGAGGAGAAGGAGAAGGAAAUGAUGGAAAGUUUGGAGCAAACAGUGGAGGGGGGAGUGGGGGAGGGGAAGGAGGGAGUGGGGGUGAUGACAGAAAACCCAACAAAGACGCAAGUGAUGAAUCGGAAGAGGAAAUUGAGGAGGAAGAAGAGGGAGAAGAAAGAGAUCUCCAUGGGUUUUCAUCCCGGACUCCGCUGCUCCAGUCCUCACGUCCGAGACGUUCCUCGAGCCACUCCGAUGAUCACUGGGACUCUGAGUCCUCUGCUGACGACCCCCUCCCCCCUCCCCCUCUCCUUCAUUCCACACUCCUCACCUCCUCCCCACUCUUCACACCCUCCCACCGCCUCACCUAUCACACCCUCACAAACACCAGGAGUGCGGAAGAAGAGAGGAGGGAGAAUGAGGGGACAACAGGUGAGGACGAAAACAACAGAUCGUCGGCCACCAUCACUCCAAAGUCACAUGACCCAAAGGUGGAGUCACAUGAUCAAUCAUGUGACGUCUCAGCUGCUCACAGCCAUCUAAGCUCCGCCCACCAUUCCCUGCUGGACUCGUCGGCCCACCAGAGUCACCUGCUAGCAGCCAGUCUCCACGACACACAACUCAGCCUCUCUCGCUCGCAGAGAUCUGCCAGGAGUGUGGAGGAGGGAAGAAGGAGAGUGCAGGCCCAGCUGGAGGAAGAACAGCAGAGACUGGCCGAGGCCAACACUGCCAGACAGCAGCUAGAGUCCGCCAAACUGGACCUCGAACUAAAGCUACGAGGGGUGGAGUACCAGUUACAGGAGGAGAGAGAGGCCGUGCGGAGUGGCCAGUCUGGGACGGUGGUCCUCCGAGAGCAGGUGGCAGCGGCAGACGAGAGACUCGGCAGGGAGAUGGACCUGCGCAGGCGGCAGAGCUCCAGAGACGAGAGGCGGAGCUGGUGGCCGAGGGAACCUGGUGACGAGUCAGCAGCUGCAGGAGAGGCUGGCAGAGACCACGGCUCAGCUGCAUGCCGAGAGAGAGGCAAAGGCCGUGCAGGAGGGUCUGUAUAGAGAGCAGCUGCGACUGAGUCAGGAACUGCAGGCCGAGUCCGCGAGGAUCCAGGAACAGAAGACGGAGGUCAGAGGUCAACUUGAGGCGGCAGUAACGAGCCGGCAGAGUCUGGAGGAGCAGCUGCAGCGACUUCAGAGAGAGAACACACAGCUACAGGUGGAGUUGAGUGGGGAGAGGUGUAGGGGAGAGGAGGGGAGGGGGAGACACGAGGGAGAGGUGAGGGAACUCAGGGAGAGACUGACAGAGAAGACAGACAAACUGGUCUCCUCUGAAGAUGCUCUACUGGCUGCACGACAGAAGUUUGAGGCGGACCUGGGGGAGCUGAAGAGGAAGGAGGAGACUCUGUCGUCUGGUCUGGAGUCUGAGCUGGUGGCCAGGCGGCAGGCAGAGUCUGAGAGAGACCAUGCCAGGAGCCAGCUAGAGAAGGCCUCGCGUACUCUCCAGGCCACCACAAGGAGGGCAGUGGGUAAGGAGAAGGAGCUACAGAAGUCAGUAGAGGCCAUGAGAGGAGAGAGAGAGACGGCAGAGAGGGAGCUGGCGAGGGUCCAGGCCCAGCUGGAGCAGAUGACCUCACAGACCCUGACCCUGGAGGGCCGGCUGGGACUGACAGAGACCCAGCGAGCCGAGCACACCGCUGCCAUGGCCGAACGGACCAAUCAGAUUGCAGCGCUCCAGAAAGAGGCGGAGCAGUCUCAGCAGCAUGUGUCGUCACUGGAAGAGGCUCUGGAGAGAGAAAAGGCAGUGUGUGAUGAGAAAACCAGUCAGCUAGGAGCCAGAGAGAGAGACCUGGCCUCGCUCCAGUCAGAGGUGGCCAGACUCAAGGACCAGCUGGGGGCCUCGCGAGAGAGACUCGAGGAUAGAGAGGCUGACGCCGGACGAGAACAGAGCAGGAGCCGGGAGCUCCUGGAGAGCCUGAGGUCAGAGUUCAGUGCUGCUCGGAGCGGUCUCGAGGAGCGAUGUCGGAGUCUGGAGGGUGAGGUGGCGGAGUUGAGGGAGGAGGGGGUGAGGAGGGAGAGGGAGGACAGGGAGAGGGUGAGAGAGGCAGAGAAACUACAGUCACACCUUCAACAGGCUACUGAGGCGAGGGAGAAGGUGGAGAGUGAGUUGAGGAGAGUCCAAGAGUCGUAUUCAUUACUGGAGAAUGGCAGGAGACAGGAAGAACAGAGAACUACUGAGAAGGAAGAGGAGCUGGCGGCACUGCGGAAGGCAGUAGGUGAGGGAGAGAGGGAGAAAGAGACACUUCAGCAGGAGUUGCUGGCUCUGAGGGAAUCCCUGUCCAACAGUGAGGAGAGAGUGAGGGAGGUGACAGCGGAGUGUGGGGAGGAGGUGAGGAGGGAGAGGGAGGACCUGGGGAGACAGGUGAGGGAGGGGAGGGAGAGGGAAGAAGGUCUCCGAGGUGAACUGACUGCCCUGAGAGAGGAGAGGACAAGACUCCAGGAGGCGGUGAGCAGGGUCAAAGGUGAAGCCAUGCAGCUGCGGGACGAGAAGGAAGCCGUACAGGUGUCCCUCCAGUUGUGUCAGAGAGAGGCGACUGAGGCGAGGGGGCUGUGGGAGACUGAGAUCAGGUCCAGGGCCUCCAUGUCCCUCCGACUUAUGGAACUGGAGAAAAGUCAACAGGAGGCGAACCCUGCCAUCGAAGCUGCAAGACGGAUCGCACACAAGGCACAGGAACUGAAAAAGGCGGCUGAGGGGAGAUACGAGGCUCUGCAGGAGCACUGCACGGGGCUGGAGAGAGAGGUCGCCGACCUUCGGGCGGAGCUACGGGAGGCUCGGGCGGCACUAGAGAAAGGGGCGGAGUCUCAAAAGAUCGGCAGUCACGAGGCUGAGCUCUCUGCCCUCAGACAACAGUUGGGGGAGAGUCAGAGGCAGUUGGUGAGGGAGAUGGAGGGGAGGGCGAGGGCAGAGGAGACUGCCAGAGAGACCUCUCAACAAAUGGCCACCCACAGAGGGUCCUUCUUGGAGAAGGAGGUUCGUCGCCUCACGAGGGCCAAGAGGGAGUUGGAGGGAGAGGUGAGGAGUCUGGAGGACACCAUGGCCUCCUCCAUGGUGGACCGCAGCGUCUUGGACACAGCUGUCAGCAGGGCUGAAGAGGAGGCUCACCUGAAGCUCAGUCAGAAGCUGCAAGAAGUCAACACCCACCUCCAACAGCAGUCCCUGGUUCACGCCAGUCUCCAGAGAAAGACAGAAGUGGAGAUCUCUGAGACGAGGGAGGGGCUGCAGAAACAGACCGCUCUCACCCACAAGUUCAAGGUACGUGUUCAUGUCUGUACAUGGCAGGUAUGUAUGUGGUUGCUAGGCAAAUGUGAGGCAACUACCAUAAGCCCAAGCACAACGAGAUAGUAGAUACAUGCACAUACUUCAAUACGACAGUAUUAGUGAAAGUAUUUGUGAGGCUAGGGACCCAGAGUAUGGUAAUUAUUGUCAAAGAACACCUAAAUUAGGUGGAGUCAUCUCCUUGGAGCAGUGUAGUGUUUUUUGGAAUCAACAACUAAUGAAUUAGUUACGAUUGAAUAUUUUUGGUACUAUUAUUAUGUGGGAAUGUGAUGUAAUCAUUAUAAUUCAUUCUCAUGAAUUAUGCUAACAACAUCUGUUGUCCAUGCCUGGUUGAUGUCAUACUGCAGUAAUCAUAGUGAACUAUUUAAAGAGACAUACACAC